CGCGCGCCCCCGCGCCGGCCGCGCCCCCGCCCCGCAGGCGCGGCCCGGCCCGGCCAUGCCGGCCAAGAGGAAGCCGGUGCUGCCCGCCCUCAACAUCGCCCCCAGCGCCGCCGAGGGGCCCAGCCCCGACGGCUCCGCCGAGGCUAACCUGGUGGACCUGCAGAAGAAGCUGGAGGAGCUGGAGCUGGAUGAGCAGCAGAAGAAGCGCCUGGAAGCUUUCCUGACGCAGAAAGCCAAAGUGGGGGAGCUGAAGGAUGAUGACUUCGAGAGGAUCUCCGAGCUGGGCGCUGGCAAUGGCGGGGUGGUCACCAAAGUGCAGCACAAACCCUCAGGGCUCAUUAUGGCACGGAAGCUGAUCCAUUUGGAAAUCAAGCCAGCCAUCAGGAACCAGAUCAUCCGGGAGCUGCAGGUGCUGCACGAGUGCAACUCCCCCUACAUCGUGGGGUUUUACGGAGCCUUCUACAGCGACGGGGAGAUCUCCAUCUGCAUGGAGCACAUGGAUGGUGGCUCUUUGGAUCAAGUACUGAAAGAAGCCAAAAGAAUUCCUGAGGAAAUCCUGGGCAAAGUCAGUAUAGCGGUUCUGCGGGGCCUGGCCUACCUGCGGGAGAAGCACCAAAUCAUGCACAGAGAUGUGAAACCCUCCAACAUCCUGGUGAAUUCCCGAGGGGAGAUUAAGCUCUGUGAUUUCGGGGUCAGCGGGCAGCUCAUUGACUCCAUGGCCAACUCCUUUGUGGGAACUCGGUCCUACAUGUCUCCCGAGCGCCUGCAGGGCACGCACUACUCGGUGCAGUCGGACAUCUGGAGCAUGGGGCUGUCCCUAGUGGAGCUGUCGAUCGGAAGGUACCCAAUCCCCCCGCCAGACUCCAAGGAACUGGAAGCAAUUUUUGGCCGUCCUGUGGUGGACGGGGCGGAGGGAGAGUCCCCCAGCAUCUCGCCGCGGGCCAGGCCCCCAGGACGCCCCGUCAGUGGCCACGGGAUGGACACCAGGCCUGCCAUGGCCAUCUUUGAGCUGCUGGAUUACAUCGUUAACGAGCCACCUCCCAAGCUGCCAAGUGGAGUCUUCACACAAGAUUUCCAGGAGUUUGUAAAUAAAUGCUUAAUUAAAAACCCAGCAGAACGAGCAGAUCUGAAGAUGCUGAUGAGCCACACGUUCAUCAAGCGCUCCGAGGUGGAGGAGGUGGAUUUCGCGGGCUGGCUGUGCCGGACGCUGCGGCUGAACCAGCCCAGCACUCCCACCCGAGCUGCCGUGUGAGCCCGGCCCGGCACUCCUGCCUCUGGCACCGCUUCCUCUCCUUCCUCCCUCCCAGCCCACCGAGCCCCAGCACCAAAACAUCUCCGGCCCCCAGAGCCGCAGCCCCGGGGCGGCUCCAUCCUCCGGGAUCGGCCCCUUCGGGUGUGGGGGUGUUCCAGGCCUCUGCUCCAGCUCUGGAGCUCCUGACACUUGGGAAUUGUGGUGCUGCUUAUGUUGGUUUUUCUUUAUUUUGGGUUUAUUUUUGUUUUGGUUCAGAUUUUUUUUUUUUUUUUUGGAAAUGUGUUCAGAUUAAAAAGGAAAAGGAAGGGAAUGGAGGGUGUGAGGUGGGGCGGGGAUGAGGGGCAGCUGAUGCUUCACCUCAUCCCUGGUUUUGUCUCUGGGAUGGAGAAUUGGUGGGAUCAGGAAUGGAGAAACCCUGCCCGGGGUGGCCCAGAGCAGUGUCACUGUCCUGCCUGGGGACACAGCGGGGCUCUGGGCAGAGCAGAGAUCGCUCUUUGCUGGUUUGAUUUUUAAAGAGUUCUUUCAAAGCCUGCCCCUGUCCCUGGGUGUUCAGGGGAGGGAGGAAUGGGGAUGGGAUGGGGAUGGCUCCCACUUCUCAGUGUCCAGGUGAGGGCAAAGAGUAGAUUUUGGGUUUUCCUUCCCCGGAGAGGUGGAGGCAGAGCCCGGCUGUUCCCGGCAGCCGUGCCCGGGGCUGGGCUCCCUCUCCUGAUCCCAUCGGGGCACAGGGAACCCUCCAGGCUGCAUUUUCCCCCUCCAGCUGCCUCCAGCCCAUCCCAGGGGUGGCCUCAGCCAUUGUGGAUGUGGCAGAGCUCCAGGAUUCCCUGUCAGAGCCCACCCCAGCCCACGCUGUCCCUGGGUUGUCCCUCCCAUCGAGGACCUUGCAGCCCCCCAGGCCCUGAUCCCCUCCCUUCCCACCACGUGGAUUUUGGGGUGAAUCAUUCCCCUCCUCUCCCCACAUGGGCUUGGCAACCCCUGAGCCCCCUGUGAGCAUUUGGGAAGUUUGGUGGGAAUUUUUUUUGUGUUUUCCUUCUAUUUUUUUUUGGUUGUUUUUCACUCGGUCAGGCUGGCAGCUGCCAUCCCCCUGCCUGCCCUGGGUCCCACCAUGGCAGCCCCCCCCCAAAUUAACUACCAGGGCUGGGUAACCCCAAAUCCCCCAUCCCUUUUCCUUUCCUGUUUUCCAGCACAGGACGAAGGCACUGCCCUGCCUGGGGCAAAUCCACAGGGCAGCCACAUCCCCAAAUGGGAGGACAUCCCUAUUUUUUGGGGGGGAACACCCCAAUAUUGGGGAGAACACCCCAGAUUUGAGGGGUCUGUGCUUGCUGGCUCAGCUCAUGCCUGGCCAAGCUGCCCUGGAGCUGCGGGGUGCUCGAUGUGGUGGAUUUUGCCUCUUAUUUUAUGUGGGAAGCAGGGAAGGUUCCUCAAUUUUCGGGCUAUUUUCCAUAGGUUUUGGUGCUGGGUUUUGGAGGAGGAAGAAGAGGAGGAGAAGGAGGAGAGCGUGGAUGGAGCAGUUUGGUGGUGCAAUUAAUUUUUUUUUUUUUUUUUUUUUUU